CCAAAAAAAUGGGUAAAGUGUCAAAAUCACCCGGAAAGGGCGAAAAAAGGAUCGGAAAAGUCGGCAAAAAAAAUGGAAAAAGCAAUGCUCCGACGGAGGGCUCCAAUUCUGGAAAAGCUUCACGCUUCACAAUGUCCGAAAGGAAUUUGGGAUUGAUGCAAGAAAUUAUUCGAAAAGAUCCGGAAUCCUAUAAAGAGGAAUUCCUCGAACAAUUCAACUAUUUCGUUCAAACAAUGAAACUUCUCCACUUGCAACCCGAACAAUCUCGUCAAGAAAUGCAAUCUCUCGUCGAUUCGGUGCUUUUUCUGUCCGGAUUGGCGAAACAUUACCCGAAAGAGUCGAAACAAUUCUCCGAUAGUCUUUUUGAGCUUUUGAGAGAGCAAGGAGCUGGUUUGGAUCCAGAAGUUCGAAUGGCAUUCUGCAAGGCGCUUGUCCUACUCCGUAAUCAGGAUAUGAUUGAUCCAAUAAUCCUAAUGGAAACCUUUUUCGAACUCGUCAAAGUCGAGGAUAAAGUUCUCCGAAAAUUCCUUCUUUCCUCGAUUAGCGCCCACUUGAAGAGGGUUUAUCACAAGAAAAAGGACGUGAAAAUGCUCGGAAAAAUUCAAAAUUUGUGUUUUUCGAAAAUGAAAGAUUCGCGAUCGAUUGUCGCCCGCGCCGCACAACUUGUGUGUAUUGACGCGUUUCGACGCAAAUUUUGGCGGGAUGCACGUACGGCUAACGUUAUUGCACAGGCUUGCUUUCAUAAAGUCGCGAAAAUUCAGGUAACCUCGAUGAAAUUCUUCUUAGGAUCCGAAAACGAGAACGGUGACGCUGAAGACUCUGACGAGAUGGAUUCAGACGCAGAAGACAAUACAAAAACGUUGAAAGAAGUGAUGACGUCAUUCCGAAACGUGAAAAAGACGAGAAAACGUGAGAAGAACGUUGAACGCGCGAAAAAGAUGAUCAGUAAGAAGAAGAAGGCGAAAAAGGAAGGUAGAUCAAAAGAAUGUAAUCUGAUGGCAAUUCAAUCAUUGUAUGAUCCACAAGAAUUCGUUGAUCGCCUCUUUGGAGCUGUUGAAGCGAAAAAAAUGGACAAUUUUGAAGUUCGCCUGUUCAAAAUUGCACUUUGUGCCAGAAUUAUUGGAAUUCAUCGACUUCAUACGCUUAGCUUCUACUCUUAUCUUCAUCGAUUCCUCCAACCAAAACAACGUGACGUCACAAAAAUCCUGCUCUACGCGGCCCAAGCGUGUCACGAGAUGGUUCCACCAGACACUGUUGAACAGUUAAUUCGUGUAAUUGCCAACAAUUUCGUGACGGAUAGAAACUCGCCAGAAGCCAUGACAGUCGGAAUUAAUGCGAUUCGAGAAAUUCUGUCAAAUUGUCCAUUUGCGGCUACUGAAGAGUUGUUGAGAGAUUUAUCCGAAUAUAAGACGUAUAAAAAUAAGAAUGUAUCAAUGGCCGCCCGUUCAUUAAUCACAUUAUUCCGUGCUGUAAAUCCGAAACUGCUGGCGAGAAAAGAUCGUGGAAAACCACAAGAAAAAGACGACGAAGAUGAGGAAUAUAAUGGAUUUGCACGUCCGAAAGUUCACGAUUUCAUCUCUGGAGCCGAAAUUCUUGACGAGGAUGCCGCUGACGGUGAACAGGGACAUUUGGAAGAAGAUGGAACGGAUUCAGAACUGGAUGUUUCUGAUGUGGAUACUGAUGACGUUGAUACGGAUGAUGAUGCUGAUGAGCCGGUCGCGAAGAAGAAACGUGUUGAGCAGAAAUCAGUGGAAAAUGAUGCCGAAUCUGAUGCUGACGAUGAAGAAAUUGAAGAUGAAGAGGAAAUGGAUGAUGAGGAAGAAGAAAUUGAAAUAAGUGAUGAAGAAGAGGAAGAAAUUGAUGAUGAAGCUGAAGAAGAAGCCGUGGUGGAAGAAGAAGCAUCGGAGGCCGUGGAAAAGGAUCCGAAACUCAAGGCCAGCAAAAACUCGAUGGAUAGAAUUAUGACACAAGAAGAUUUCAAGAAUAUUAAGGCUUAUCAGCUGAAAAAACAGUUGAUUGGAGAAAAACGACUGAAAAAGCAGAUGGGAAAGGGUAGAAGUCAGGCGGAUGAACGAAUUGUUGACGAAAUGGCCGAGAAGCUCGAGUUAAAACGCUCUUCGGAUGGAUUGGCUCGCCUUUCGGAUAUCGAACAUUUCUAUAAGAAAAAACGACAAUCAAAGGAAGAAAGAAUGGCUGAUGUGAUGGCUGGACGUGCUGAUGAGGACUACAAAUUUGGAAGACCUAAGAAAAAUGGAGCCCACGUCGGUCGUACAAAUGAUCAAAAUUCGAAGAAAAAGGUGUUUGCAAUGGUGAAGAACAAGAUUCGCGGCCGAAAUCGUCAGAGAUCAUUCCGUGAUCAACAGAAAUCACUUCGACACUAUUUGAUGCGACAAUCCGGACGAAAACCUCAAUAAAACCUCGAAAUUUCCAGAAAAUUUGCAUUUUUUCCCAAUUUUUACACCCAAAAAGACUCAAUAAUUUUAAAAUUUCCAGAAAAUUCCAAAAAAAUCUAGAAAAUUGGGGAAAAGUUGAGCUUUUUCUCCAUUUUCUUUUCGUGUUUUCUAGAAGUUUCAAAAUUUCAAAAUUCCCCAAAAUUCGCUCAUUUUCACCCGGAAAACCUCUAAAAUUCAAGCUUUUCCCUCAUUUUUCGUAAAUUUUGUUCAUUUUUUUUUCACUCCUAAAAAUUCCAAAAAAUUAAGAUUUUUCUUGAAAAAAUCUAAAAUUUUCCCCGAAAUUUAUCGAUUUUUCCAGAAAUUAUUCCUUUUUUUUUUGGAAAAUUUAAAAAUUUCGAUUUAAAUAGAAAAAUCGAUUUUUCUGGAAAAUUAUCGAUUUUUUUUUUGGAAAUUUAUCGAUUUUUCUGAAAUUUCUAUGCUUUUUUGGAAAUUUAUUGAUUUUUUUGGAAAUUUAUCGAUUUUUUUUGAAAAUUUAUUGAUUUUUCUGGAAAUUUAUUGAUUUUUUUGGAAAUUUAUCGAUUUUUCUGAAAAUUUAUUGAUUUUUCUGGAAAUUUAUUGAUUUUUCUGGAAAUUUAUUGAUUUUUCUGGAAAUUUGUCGAUUUUUCUGGAAAUUUAUCGAUUUUUUGAAAAUUUAUUGAUUUUUCUGGAAAUUUAUCGAUUUUUCUGAAAAUUUAUUGAUUUUUCUGAAAAUUUAUCGAUUUUUCUGAAAAUUUAUCGAUUUUUUGAAAAUUUAUCGAUUUUUCUGAAAAUUUAUCGAUUUUUCUGAAAAUUUAUCGAUUUUUUGAAAAUUUAUCGAUUUUCUGGAAAUUUAUUGAUUUUUUUGGAAUUUUAUCUCAUUUUUACUUCCCAUUUAUCUAUUCUUCCUGGAUUCUGUUCUUUUUUUUGAAUAACUUUUUUUGUAGUUUUACUGUUCUUUUUUUUGUUGAAUUUCUCCACUUUUCCCCCUAUAUUUCUCAAUUUUUCACCCAAAAAUUCCCCCAAUUUUCACUGUUUUUUUUUGUUUUUUUCUAUUGUUAUUUGUUAUCAUCCCACACCAUGUUAAGCCCUUUUUAAUGAAAAA